UGGGAGGAGAGCGGGGCGGAGAGGGGGCCGCUUACGGGGCCCUGACUACUGAGUUCACUUACUUGCGGACUCAGUAGCUCACGAGAGGCCGCACGGUUGAGUUUCCUCGAUGCCCGUUCGGUCGUCGGAGUCGCUCUCUCUCUUUCUCUGUGACAUAACUGUAAAUCCGCCGAGAGCGAGGGAAGUGACAAGACGCGUAUGGACCUCAGCGCGCCGGAGCACGAGGGGACCGGUGCGGUUCAGUGUUUUUUUGGUCGCGCCAGCGAUAACAAAUACUGUGUGCUGUACCUGAGGACCGCGCGCGAUUACCGGUUUUUUCUUUUUUUUUUUCCCGAGAGGUGUCCACGAGAGAAUCGUUCUUCUCUCGCACCUGAUCGUGAUCAGUGAACCUACUUUCGAAUGAUCAAAUUGAGAGAGUCUUUGCCCGCGUAAGUCUCAUUUUUUCGGAGCACGCUUGUUGGUCCCCGCGCUGGGUCCUCCAACCCUCGCGGAUAUAGUCGGCGAAUCGGAGUCGGCGCGAGACAAAGACACAAGGUAGUGGUGAAUCACCGUGACCUAGACCGCGCGACAGGUGGAUCCGCUGAAGUUCGCGUCUGUGACCGUCGCCCCAGGUACUCUCGAGUAUGACACUGUCGCGCGCGAGACGGUACCACUGAUCGGUGCUUCGCCUCGCUCCAGACACCAGUGUGUCCCCCGCAGUUGUCUAGCUGUUGUUGGUGGCUGGGCAGCACGGGGCAGAGGGGCGGCAACGCUUAUCACUUCGAUGUAGUGCGGCGGUGACAAAGUGAUAACGCACCCGCGCGCGCUAGUGCAUCGCACCCGACCUAAACGGCCUAAGUGGGCAGGUCACGAUGCCAAAGAUCUUUCUGAUCAAGAACCGGCUGCAUCAGCAGCAGUUGCGGCUGGAGUCGCAACACCCGAGCAAGAGCCCGCCGCCCGGUAGCGGCAAGGACAGCCCGCUCGGCAGCUCUGAGCCGUUGAGCCUCAUCGUCAACAAGGAUCAAUAUCGUGACAAGACCGACGAUGAUCGGGCGACAACUCCGGAAUCCUUUCGCAGCAGCAGUCCCGCCCCGUCGCCGUCGCCGCCGGUGACCAACGCGACCAGCCCACCCCCGAGACGGUUCAUCUCGAGCAUCCUCGGCGGCGAUGUACCGUACGGCAGUAGACGUCACGUCCUGACCCGGGCGGAGCGCAAGGAGUACAGCAGCCCGCCGAUUGCCUCGGACGAUCCGCCGCAGUUUCUGUCCAAGUCGGAGAGGAUCGCGCUACCGAGGUCGCAGACGCCGCCGAAAACACCCCGCGUCGAGCCGCCAACGAGGGUUUCGGUCAUCCAGAGGGUGCCACCGCAAGGCACCUCGAGGAAGGACGAGAAUAAGCUCGAGAUCGACAGAGUCGAUCCUAUACAGGCGCCCGAACCGGAACAGGAGCAUCCUAUAGACUACGCGGUACCGAAACGCAAGGAGGAGGACGAGGAGAAGUGCCGCGAUGGCGCGAUGGUGUCGCGCAGCCCCAGCAACGCGAUCGCGAUGUCGCUCCUGGCUGUCAAACUGUCCGGGUCCCACGUGGUGCAGGCGGCCGCGGGACACGGCAGAUCCUCGAACUCGGGCGGCGGUUCCUCCGGCGGCGGUGGCGGCGGCGGCGGCGGUAACGGCGGCAACUCCUCGCCCUCGAACAGCGGCGGUGGCGGCGGCGCCAUGCUCGGCGGCGGAUGCGGUAACGGGGCGAUGCUCGGGGGCGGCGGCGGCGGCGGCGGUGGCGGCGGCGCCCUGGGCGGGGGUGCGGGCGCCGGCGGCAUGCCCCCCGGUGGUAACGGGGGCCGCGGCAACUACGGGCCGAGCUCGCCGCCGACGGGGUCCCUGCCGCCGUUCUACGAGUCCCUGAAGGGCGGCAACAAUCUCGCGAACUUCGCCAAUCAGUACAACAGCUCUCAAGGAAACGCGUAUCUCACGCCGCUGACGGCCGUGGGGAUCGAUUGCGAUACCGGUCAGCAGGACAAUUCCCAGCACGCGCAGUACAACGCUCAGGAGGGCAAGCAGUACUCCCUUCUUCAGAAUGUCUGCGCGAACGUUUGUGCCUCCUACGGGCUCACGUUCAAGGAGGAGGAGGAGGAACUAGCGGGUUACAAGAUACAGCCGAACGACCUGCUGUCCGCCCAGUACGGCACCUACGACGUCACCGAUACGGGGAUGAUGGUGGACAUGGUGACCGGUACCAUGGUGGUGGACCCGCUGCAGUUCACCGCGGCGACUCUGACCUUCAACUCGCCGUCCGACCACACGGCGCUCCUCGAGACUCUCAACGACGCGGCGGAUCUCUUGUCCCUGCCCAGGCUACAGACCGAGGAUGGCGGCAGCGAUCUCCUCGAGGAGUCGCUGCACUCGCCCGCCUCGACCGGCAGCAGUGGAAUCGGCCAGGACGGCCAGAUGACCACUCCCGUCGAACCUAGCGUCGAUCCUUUCCCCGAGCACAGCAUGGCCUUGACCAGAGGCUUCGACACGAGACACUACACGACCCCGCAACACUUCAACGCGUCCAAGCUCGCGGGAUUGAAUUACUCGGCCGGCGAGACGAGCUACCAAUCGCUUCAGAAGGAACGUCCCGAGAUCGCGUUGCAUGUCAAUCAGAAUCAUCAGCAGGAACAACAGUUGCAGAUUCAAGUGCAGUUGCAGCAGCAGAAGCAACAGGCUACGUCGCCACACCAGCAGCAGCAGCAACAGCAACAGCAUCAAAGUCUUCUGAGUCCCGGAUUGAAUUUCAAUAACGGUUUAGAGAUAGACUCUGGCAGCAGCGUAGGCGGAAGUUUACCUAGCCCGGGGACCGCGAGCUGCUCUCUGGACGGCGCUUCGACCGGUACCUCGCCGUCAUGCGGACUGGGAGAACACGCGCAUAGCCCAGUUGUAUCACCCAGUACAGUCGCAGCACAGGCAGCUGGAUCGGUAGGCGAACCGCCGCUCUCGCAACGGGUCGGUGCACUUCAUCAAAGGCUGGGUUUACCGAGUGACUGUCAGCUAGAAUUUGUUAACGGGGGUCAUGGCAUAAAGAAUCCUCUAGCCAUCGAGGGUCAGAGGCAGGCGACAACUACUCGAGACGAAGAGAGAACUAAUCGCACUCCGCCUAGUAGCAAGGACGACGAUCCCAAUCGCUUCACUUGCCGCGUGUGCAGCAAGAAUUUCAGCCUUCAGCGGCUUCUCAAUCGUCAUAUGAAGUGUCACAGUGACGUAAAGCGUUACUUGUGUACAUUCUGUGGGAAGGGCUUCAACGACACGUUCGACCUUAAGAGGCAUACCCGAACGCACACGGGUGUACGACCCUACAAGUGCUUCCUAUGCGAGAAGAGCUUCACGCAACGGUGCUCGCUGGAGAGUCAUGGCCAGAAGGUUCAUGGCGUUCAGCAUCAGUACGCGUAUAAGGAGCGACGAGCUAAGAUGUACGUCUGCGAGGAAUGCGGGCAUACGACGCACGAGCCGGAGGUGCACUACAUUCACCUGAAGGACCAACAUCCUUACAGCCCAGCGUUACUGAAGUUCUACGACAAGCGGCACUUCAAGUUCACCAAUAGUAACUUCGCCAAUAUGUUGCUCCAGGGCGGCUUCGAUACUCGAACGAUCAAAACAAAAUACACAGCGCGGUAUACAAGAACACGAAAUUGUUCUUGUUGAUGUAACUUCAGGGUGGCCUGUUACAACGGGACUCGCGGAAUACGGACAGCUGCGGCCUCGCAGAGCGACGAGAGACAGCCUCGAAAAGCAGCGACUCGGCGCACCAACAGACCAGCUUCUAAAUCCGUCGAGAAUGAGAAUCCAUGGGCGGAAGAAAGAAAGAUAGAGAAAAAGAGAAAAAAUGCUGAUUGAUCGCGCAUUCGUUCUUCAGUCGGGCUAAAAGGAGUGACGUUUCGCGCGUAAAGUACCUGCAGGUGGCUCCCAUUGUGGUGACACUGGAACACAACAAACAUCGAAGUCCGGCGACAGGUUCCGAUUGAGGAGUCGCAUGGGAUCUGUGAUCAAUUGAUUCCUGCCGCCUUUAAAUUCACGGAUAGAGGAGGAGAGGAAGGGGCGAAAGAAGAGUAAGAGAAGAAUCUUUGCAGCUACAACAACCGCAAAGUCGCGCACACGGUAUUUCUCUUAUAACUUCUCGAUAGAUGCGGAAGUGAAGUAUAAUUAAGCUUGCGCGUUAUAGUUUCUUUCUUCUCGUUGUCGGUAAGAAAGAGAUUGAAGAGGAAAGACAGAUGUUCGAAGAGAGGAACACUGUUGUCUCGUUAAUUACAAGAUACGCUGCUUCAUAAAACUUUAUUAAUAAUUCGCUUCGGGGGGGUUCUAACGACGGCAACGUGUCAGAAAGUUUAAUGAAACUUCAACGAUCGUUCUGCCAGGAAUAUCCGACUUGCACGUUGCGGCGCUAUAGAAUCUCGCCUUUACCCAAUUCUAUCGGGCAUAGCGUCUCGAAUUUUCUUUCUUAAAUGUUCUUAGAGCAUUUCUUCUUAUAAUUAUAAUUUUAACUAUAUAUGUAACAGAUUAAUUUAAAAGAAAUCCUAGAACUGAUAAUAAUGGAUUACAGGAGGAUACACGGGAUACACAGACGCACGUAUGCGCGCAUGUAUACACAAUGUACACACAUACACACGUAGGACAAUUGCAUAUGUAGAUCUUAGGUGAAUAGAUAUUAAUAAUCGUGGGCCGUGGGGCGCGCGCGACAUCGAGCAGACCCAAAGACUCGGAUAGAACGUUUCAGGAAUGCUGAUCGUCCUCGGCGAGCGUGCCGAGGCGGGAGAGGAGUGCGGAUCACACGAAAGACUUUUUUUUUCUCAGAGAUGUACGGCGAGUUACGUUGCUUUUCGACUCGAUGGGCGAAAUGGGGAAAUCUUGACGUCGCGAUCGCCAAGGGGGUGGGGAGUUCCUUCGAUCGCGGCUUCUUCGUCCUGAAACCCCCAUUGUCUUCGAUUGAUCGCGGCACCAGGGAAUAGAAGGCAUCCCGCCGCGUUGCUCAAGCGCCGUCGGGCGCCGCAGAACGAGGCGAGAUCACCGACGGGGUGACUCCGCGCCGUACCAUCGUAGAAAUAGAAACUACUCCGACGCUACCGGCAUCGACUAGCGAAAUAGUCGCGUUGAAGGAUAAUUAAAACAAAAACUCUCCGUCGUGCCGUUAACGCGAAUUUAUUAUUCGUUAACGAUUUUACUAUCGAGACUCGAGAUGUUAAAAUCAAUUUUCGGAAAGAAUUUUCGACAUUUAUCACAGUGAAACGAUACUUUAGAUAAAAGAAAAACUUUGGUUUUCAUUAUCCUCAUUUUUCAUUAUUUUUCUAAAUGCCGGUAGUGUUAAUAUAUGUAACAUACACACAUAUAUAUACAUACGAUAGAUGUGUAGGAAGUUCCCAACCGAAGUGCACUUUGGGUGAUCUGUGAUAUGAUAAGAGUAACAAGACAAUCCACUUGCUUCUUCAAGCACCGGAUUUUCGCUUUUCCGCUCUCUCUCUUGUGCGCUUGUGGUUUUCUUCUUUUUUCUUCCUUUUUUUUUAAGGAUUAGGUGGGAGGUUAGGUAAGGGUAGGCGGAGGGCACGCACUGUCGUACACACACCCCACACUUGAACUACACAUGCGUGGACACACACACACCCACACACACACACACACACACACACACACACACACACACACACACAAAAUGGGAAUUCGUGCAAUUUUAAGGUGGCAGUAUACAUGGAUCGGGCGAUCGGUAUAUUCCGCUCGAUUUCUUUCGCCCGCAGCGGAAAUAGCUCGCGGGUUCCUGAUAUUUUAGGGCCGUCAAGGGAUGGUUUAGGCCGGCGCGAGCUAAUCUCUCGGGACCAGAAGAUUAAUCCUUCGAAACGCGGUGGGGUCGCGAUAUAUACGAACUCUUUUUUUUCUUCUUUUUUUAAUUUUUUGAGCAGCACUUUCUGCCUACUUGUUUCCAUCAUCUACGUUACAUUUGUUGACACAUAAGCAAUCUAGGAAUUAUAUCUUUUAGAUCUACGCUAUCUACGUCUCAUUACUUUAGAGUUCUCUCUUUUGUAUUUAUUUGUACUAUACGUCAUACAUAUUUUAUUUUAGAGUAAAUGAUGUAUAUAUGUAUAUAUGCUUGUUUAUGCUGUCCUCGUGGCAUGCACGGGGGCACAAAAUGCGCUUGUCAAAGGACUGAAAAGGGCCGCGUCGACGACUUCAAAAGCACAAUUUUUCGAUUUUCUCGGGCGAGCGUGAAAAAGUAUCUUCGUACAUGCUUCCCAUGGAUCAGAUGAUUUUUACAUCGAAAACUUUUAGAAAAUUGAAAAUAAUAGUAACAUGUAGAGGAAUGUCACCGAUAUCGACAAUACCACUUUGUUUUUGGGUUGGAUUUCUUAAACAAAAUAUAAAAAUAAAAAACUUUAGAGUCUGUCUUAUUGACAGGCUUACGCUGCAUCCCAAUUUUAUGUUUAUAACCGUAUUAUGAAAAAAAUAAGAAAGAGAAAAAUACAAGUAGAACAGAUUCAUGCGAUGCUGCAAAUAUGUAAAAUAAUCUACUCACUAUUAUUUAAAUUACUUAAUUUGUAAAAAAAUAAUGCAAGUUUUAUUUUUUGAAUAUUCUGGUUGAAUAAUCUGAUAGCGUUCUAAAUGAUACAACAAACGUCCUUGCGGUAAAAAUCAUAAAUUUCUUAUAUAAUUAAAAAUGUGUAAGAAAAUUUACUUGCGCUCAAGACUAAAAUUAGAUUCACCCUUGGCUCGUCAAACGCGUUCGCCCGAUGAUCAACAUGCCGAGGGAGAAUUUGAUAAUCGCAAUCGAAUGUGUAAAUACGCGCCGUAUAGGACUCUAAGCAAAACCACUGAUCUAUAUAUUUAAUUCCCACAUAUAUUCAUACACAUGUAUUCAUGCUUAAAUCCGCGGUCGCCUCUCGUGCAUGGGUGCUGACGCCACCGUCGUGAAACGUUCACCUCCCUGUUGUAAAUAGGAAAUAUCUUCACUCCGGCGGCGGAAACGGGUACCGGUUAGUCCGCGAUUGUCAGUAUCUUGCUUACGGUAGUAAUGUACGUGCAGCAUACUUGCAUAACGUACGCCCGAGAACGUCCUGGGUAGAGUGGAACCAGCACGAUUUUUAUGUACUUACAUCUUGCAAAAUACUCGAGGAUAACAGUACUUGUCGCGCACUGACGAUCAUAAUAAGUUAAUACUUUGUGUAUUAUCAUCAUCUUAAUAUUAUUAUUUUAUUAUUAUUAUUAACAUUAUAUUUUUAAACGAUAACGCUAUAUAUUUACAUUUCUAUUACUAUUUAAUUUACGCUCAGUAUUGUCACAAAUAAUUUCACUAGACAUCUUCAGCAAAUUUAUCGAUUUGACUCAAUUCAAUUAUUAUUUCUUUGUGCUCUGUUAUUAUUUCAAUAUUUUUAAACGCUAUUAAUUCUCUAAAGCGUUUAACUUUCCAACCUAGUAUUCUAGUACUUAAUAUUUUGUCAUUAUUAUUAUUAUUAUUUUAUUAUUAUUAUUUUAUUAUAUCAUUAUAUAUAUUAUCAUUACAUGCGCUGAUAAAUUUAAUUAUUGAUUUAAAAAUUAAUAUUAUAAAUAGUCUUAUAUACACAUAUACAAAAUAUAUCAGCCCGAUGCAGAGCGUUUUUUAAUUAUAUAUGAAUACUUCAACUUAAGAUCGAAAAUAAGAAGAAUAAUAUAUGAGCGUAGAUCGUUUAGAUUUUAUCUUCGAGGUUGUAAUAAGUUAAGGAAAAUAAGAUUAUAUUAUUAGAUAUUCUAAAGUGUUAUUCGAAAUAAUGUAAUAUAAUUAUAAUAUGUACGUAUAUUUUAUUUCGAGUUGCAUUUUGAAAUAUAUUCGUAUUUACUGAUUGAAGUAUUGAUGUAUAAUUAAGAAUUAGUCUGUAUAAUAUUUAUAUCAGAUUGUCCGGUUGCAGAAGCGAUUUUCUUUGCAGAACGAAAGACGACGUUAUGACUAGGGGACAGACAUAGUGUACAGUUUGCCCAAUCUAAGGAUUAUUGAUGAUUUUAAACAUUUAAAAGAACCUUUUCUUUAAGAUUCUUUGAAUAUAAAUAUGUAAAUGCAAAGAAUAAUACACGAUUCUCUUUAAGAUCCUUCACAAAUAAUCCUUACAAAAAUUUAAUACUGGCAGUAUUUAAAUUGCUCAGAGAUUAAUUACUAAUUUUGAGUAUUCAAAGUAUUGUUGUUAGUGCUUUAAUAAUAAUAAUAAUAAUAACAAGUGCUUUCAAUACUUAAAAUAAGUUUAGAUAAGUUAGAGAAGGAGAUUCUUAUUGGCAUCAUUGCAAUAAUAGAUGAUUGUUAGCAUCAGUAUUAUUAAAUUGAUUAUCAAUUUAAUAUUGUGAUAUUAGUUGAGGUCGACUUAAUGCUACAAAUACUUCGACUGCACUUUUCGAUUGCAUCUUUUGGUUAAUUAAAUGUUUUGAAGCAUGGACCUCAACCAUUAUUUUUCUCGUUUAAUUUAGAACUGUUUUAAGAUCGAAAAUUUAUUUGGUGCGCAGUUUAAACUUGAAAAAAUAUAUAAACCACACAAGAAACAGCAAGAUUCAGACGGCUUAUCUUAAUUAGUUGUGUUUUAACAUAUCGAUUUAUGUUCUUCUAUUAUUGCUCAAAAUUAAUCACUGGCGAAUGUAAUAGUGCUAGUAUUAAAUUUCUGUAAGAAAAAUACAUGUUUCCUCUUAAAAUUCUUUUUCAUCGGUAUGAUGUAAUCUUGAAGAAAUGUAGAAAACAUUUAUAUGUGGCAGGAUAAAAUAUUUUUUCUCCUAGAUUGAGCAAGCUUUACACUAGAUAGGGCAAGCUAUUUAAUGUUGCGAUUGUGUAAACCGAGCGUAUGAUGACAUGCAUGAGUAUCCUUGUUCGUAUGGGUGUAUGCGUGCGGAUUUUUAUGGAACACAGCUUUUAGCUAUACUUUCGGCAUUUGUUAGAUAAAAUAUAAAUAAAAAUGUUGAAGCUUUGGAGAGGAGAAAGGGCAGCUAAAAUGGAAACAGGCUUACCGUUUCAUGCGCUGUGCCGUGAUGUGUUGGUGAAUUUGUAAAUUCUAUUAGAGCGCGACUGCGUUAUCCGGACAUUGGUGUCUACUUUAUUAGAGAUCGUUAUUAAUUGUAGCUAACGGUAAAACGUGGUUACGCGCUCUUAUAUGUUUGCGAGAUAUAAUAAAAAAUAAUAUGUAUGCACACAUAA